AAAAUAACUUGUUAUGUACAACAAACACUAAUAUGCUUACUGUUUGAUGGCUACUUUUCCAAAACAUAUUGGUGUAUGCAUGAUAUCAUAUUGCUUAUACAUCCUGCUUAAUUUGUAUGUACUUUGUUUUAGCUAACAAUGUUUGUAAUUGUGACACUUAUGGGGUUACUUGAGCCACAAGCAUGAAAAUCGCAAAUUAUAUAAAAUCUGAUGUUAUGUUCACAUUUUGUUUAGUUUUUGAAGCAUUAUCAUACAAAUAAUUACUAAAAUACAUACUAGGUAUAUUUUGACCAGUAAUUAGGUGCAGAUUAUAGACUAUAAAAUUCAACUUAAUUACUUUUAUACAUUUUCAUGUUCCAGAAUGGUCAGAAAGCAUGCAAGGAAACCAGGAAGUACAUAUGCUGCUUACUCAAAUAAAGCGAUGGAAGAUGCGAUGAAAGCAGUAAGCGAAGGUAAAUUAUCAAUCAGAAGCGCUGCAGAAAAAUAUUCAGUGAACAGGUGUACACUUAAUCGAAAACUGAAAGGAGUUCAUGUUCAGCCAUAUGGGAGACCACCAGCAUUAUCACAAGAUGAAGAGGCAGUUCUACUGAAGAGUAUCAUAACAGCUGCAGAAUGGGGCUUUCCCCUUUCAUGUUUAGAUGUUAGAUUUAUUGUGAAACAGUAUUUGGACAAAAAAGGUGUUACAGUAUCUCGUUUUAAGAACAAUCUUCCUGGAGAAGAUUGGUGUCGUUCCUACUUGGGAAGACAUAAAGAUGCCCUCACCAUAAGGCUGAGUGAGAACAUCAAGCGCAGUAGGGCACAGGUCAAUGAGGAAACACUGAGGGAAUAUUUCACUAACCUCAAAAAUUCAAUUCAGGACAUACCUGUUGAACUGUUAAUAAACUAUGACGAAACAAAUUUGGUUGAUGAUCCUGGAAAAUCCAAAGUCAUAGUGCGGAGAGGUUGUAAACGUGCUGAACGCAUCAUGGAUUCCAGUAAGGCGACCAGUUCCUUGAUGUUCGCAGGGACAGCAAGUGGAAUUCUUCUUCCACCAUACCUUGUCUACAAGGCGGAACACUUAUAUAACACAUGGCAGGAAGGAGGACCAGAAGGGGCAAGGUAUAAUACCUCAAAAAGUGGAUGGUUUGAUUCAGCAUUAUUCGAGGACUGGUUUGAGACAGUUGCACUGGCCUACUUCAAGAAGGUAGCAACUAAAGACCAGCCGAAAGCAUUGAUUGGGGACAAUCUAUCAAGCCAUUUGACUCUCAGUGUCAUCCAAAAAUGUGAGGAGUACAAUAUUAGAUUCAUCCUGCUCCCUCCCAACAGCACUCAUCUUUGUCAACCUUUGGAUGUGGCUUUCUUUCGCCCGCUAAAGUGUCAUUGGCGUCAAGUUCUUAUGGACUGGAAAAUGAAACACAAGGGAACUAUACCAAAAGAUGUCCUUCCACGUCUCCUGAAAAGUACAUUAAAGAGUUUGUCUCCAUCAAUUGAAAAGAACUUGAAGUCUGGAUUUCGAGCGACCGGAGUUUAUCCUUACAAUCCUGAGGAAGUAUUGAAAAAACUGCCUGCUACAACUAUUGGGAAUAUGUCUAUUUCUGAUGGACUCUCGAAAUCAUUGGAAAGCUAUUUGAGAGAGUCUAGAAAUGCCACUUCCACCCCAAAGCAAAAACGAAGAAGACUGAGUGUUGUCCCUGGGAAGAGUGUAAGCGGAACAUCGUUCCAGUCAGAAGAUGAUCCUGACACUCCUGACUUGGUAUCUUCAGAAGGUGAAGGCAAUACUCCAGUUUCAGUAACCAGAGCGACAGAAGAACAUACGCUCCAAGUUAGUUACACAGGAGAUGUUCAAGUUGGUGAUUUUGUUGUGGUAAGAAUCAAGUUUGCUGGCCCUUCAAACAAAAUGGUGGACAAAUACUAUGUCGGUCAAAUUUACUUAGAGCUUCAAGGUCAGUAUCAGUGUAAACUGUUGAGGAAAAGUGCAAAAUGUGAUAAAACAUUUAUCUUCCCUGCUGUCGAUGAUCAGUGGACUUUCAAAAUGGAAGACAUUAUUGUGGUAUUGCCAUCCCCUACCAUUGUUAGAGGAAGGCAUAAAUUCAAGUGUAAUUUUUCUGUUGUUUUACAGUGAUGGUUGAACUUGUUAGUAGGUAUUGUAGUAACUACCUACUCACCUAAGAUUACGGUAUUAAUUGAAUGCCAAUAAUCUCAAUAUUUAUGAUGUGGAUCUAUAACCAAAUUUGCAUAAUAGUUUUGUGUUAAUUCAAUGCCUUAAAUUUUAUCUAAUAAACCUUUGAUGUAAACAAAAUUAUAUCUACAAAUUUUAAUAGUAGUAGUAAUUGUUAAUAACGAUCAUAUUUUAUGUGGUUAAAGUUAGACAAUGUAAGUCAAACAUGUACCAAACUGUAUUUCUGAAUGGGUGGCUCAAGUUACCCUAAACCCUGUUAAACUUGAGCCAUACAUAAAAAUCAAUAUAAAUAAAUUUUAAAUAUCUUCGGGCAAUAUAUCAUUAUGGGGGUCUAUUCUAUAUAGCUUUACUCAAAAUAUAACCUGUACAGUGUAUUUUAUAAAUUAAAAUGUACUCAUUUAUGCAAAGCUGAACAUUCUGAAGUGGCUCAAGUAUCCCCAUUUGACGGUAUGUUAGUCUCUUAAGGGCACCAUGCUUAAUGAAUACCUUAUUUGUCCUUGCAGCCCGGAACGUAAUUUAUGUUGCCAACUGAGUGUUUUUUCUAAUAUUACGACAGCCUUACAAUAAUAAUAGUAGUGGUUACAGCAACAAACUGUCUCCAAUUUGAUUAAUAUUUUUAAAACUAAUUAUUUGAAUUGCAAUUUACGAAACCACAUUUAAGUCUUCAAUCAUUUGUAUUACACUCAAGUAAUUUAUUCAAGAGAAUUGUAUUGUGGUUAGUCUGUAAGAUUCACAUAAUAAUAUUUACUUUUUUUUUUGUGUUUUUUGGCACAACGUGGAAUUGUCCCCCUUUCUUGUAUCAACCCCUUCCGGCAGUAGGUAUUCAUUAGACUGCGACACAGGGUGGACGCACCAUUCCAUGGGAAGCUUUCAUCCUUAUUUCAUCGAUUCUUAAUAUGAUCUUAAACCUUUUCCUUAUUACUCUCCACUCAUCGCUAGGUCAUUUUUAUGGUGCAGGGCAUAACCCAGCCAUCUUUAACUUUACCUCACUGCGUGACAAUUCCACCAUGGGGUUAUAGUAGGGGAACCCAUUAGGCUAAAUAGGGAUUUGCUUGAGCGUCGUGAGGAUUUCUUGGAUUUUAAAGAUUAGAUGAUAGGAAGCUUUUCCAUGACUUUCCAUACCAUACAAUCCAAAUUUUUUUUUUUACAAAAUUUUACCUGUUUUACAAUUUUUUGAAGGAAAUAAAGACUAUCUAGCCACCUCCAUCCCUAUAGAAAAACUAUGUAUUUGAACAUUACCCUGCAUAUACCACUUUACAGUGUGUGGGACUACGCACUAAAAGCUUAUCUGGAAAACAAAAUGAAUGUGUUAUAAUGCUGGGUGAUGUCAGACUGGAGCAUGACAUUUUCCCAUCAAAUUACCAUUAAUGAGGAAUUUCCAUGACUUCUUUAGGUUUGAAAGUAAAUUCCCUGAUUUUACAGAAUCUGAAUACCCUGAUUACUACUUUUAAGUAGGUACUCGUUAACAACAUUGAUAAUAUCUAGAUAACAGAGGUAAUUUACAAUCUUUUUUGAUAAGGACAAACAAUCUUGACUUCAUCUUGGGACUGUCCAUCGCCAGGUAAACAUCCAGCUUACUUACUGACUACUGUUAUCAUUUGGCUGCAUAACAUUUAGUCAGAAGAAACUCACAGCUAAAAUAAUCAAAGGGGAAAUAUAUUUUGUUGACAGAUGAGCAAUGAGGGAUACUCAGUAAGGAUCGCGACGGACUGCGACAAGGACUCGGUCGUGGAGCUGCUGCGACGGUCCUUCGUGACGGAGGAGCCCCUGAACUCGCAGGCGCCGGCCCCCAUGGACCCGUCCGAGCUGUACUCCCUGAAGUUCCUCGGGAGUGGCCUCUCCCUGGUGGCCGCGGCGGGGGACGGAUCGGUCGCGGGCGUGUGCAUCAACACGGAGGGGACCCCGGCUCUGUACGCGGACCGCUCCCGCACCAAGCAGACCUCGACCAACCCCCACACGAGGAAGGUGCUGACGCUCCUCGACGAGGCGGAGGAGGCGGUCGGCGUGUGGGGCAGGUACGGCGUCGACCGGUUCUUCGACGUCCGCAUCCUCGCGGUGCGCCGCUCCGCCCGGGGCCAGGGGCUGGGGAAGGCCCUGGUGCGGAGGUCCCUACAGAUAGCCCGGGAGCGAGGGUACCAGCUGGUGCACAUGGAGUGCACGGGGUUCUACUCCGCCCGGAUCGCAGAGCAACUGGGCAUGGAGUGUGUCUUCAGGAUAGCCUACGCAGAGUACAAGGGCGACGACGGGAACCCGGUGUUCGACGUACCUGCGCCCCACACCGAGCUAAAGUUGUUCCUCUUGAAGCUGUGACGGAACAAUAAAUAAUUGCAUUGCGAGCAAUACACGUGACUGCAUGAAAAAUA